UUCCGUUUAGGAACUUCUCUGUGUGCAUGUGAGCGCUUUUUGCGGAUUACAAGUUCAGCAUUUCACCAAUCAAGCAGAACACCGCUUGUCAUGACGUGUGUUUUCAGCAGGUUGAAAACCUGAUUGAAAAAUAUUUAUACAAAAUUCGCCGAUGAGGAUAUUUAAUAUUAUAUCCCGAUCGGGAGUACUUGUAUGUUACUCCGUGCUAGCUGCUGUUGAACGGGGUAUUUGCCAAUAUAUCUCGACUGGGAUUACCUUUGUACGACUGCAGGCGAUGGCGUGAAGCGAACUGCGCUGACACGACGGGCGGAGUAAAUGCUUGUUUUUCUCAGUCAAAAUGGAUGACGCAAACGGCUAUGCAAAUGGCGAUUUGCCCGAUGACAUCCAAUUCCACCAUCACCAUGACAACAUCUCGGACCCCUCGGACCCAAACAGCAGUCUUGAAGAUGCUGGAGAUGUUGAAGUGGAACCCGUCACAAUGAACCAUGCACCCAGUAACCAGCAUGGGAACGCAACAAGAGAGUACAUCCCGAUUCCUGAAGAUGACAACGUCAGUUCGUUUGACAGUGAUCCUAGCUACUGGGCGGGGACAACACCCCCACGCAAUCACCGAGAAGAGAAGCGGCAGCACCUGCGAUCCCGCCAGGCGCCAAAGCCUCCACGACUGGUCAUCCCCAGACGAGAGUCGCGAGACAGCGUCCCAAAGACUUUCAACACGGGACCCCGUAGGAGUCUGGUGAAGAUGGACAAAGUGGAAGAACGAGAGGCGUUUGUCGAUCCGGUGCUGGGAAGCACAGCCAUGCAGCAGAAACGGAAGAGUAUUACAAUCGAACGUAACCAGCAACGAGAGUACAAGCAUAGUGCUAUCACCUUUGAGGGCACUGAGGUUCCCAACGUUGCUGUACCUCUGAACACAUUCCUGGAUCCUCUACCAUCCCCAGUUGUGAAAGUAGAUUCUAAUAUUUUCUUCCGCAGCCUGAACACACAAAGUGAGUCAAAGGUGAGUCAAAGUCCCCCACCCUCUCCGAAGAGAUCAAAGUCCAAGAAACACUCCAUUGGAAAGUCCUACUGCUCGGAAGAUCGCAUCUCAUUCCACAAGAUUUUCUCCGAGAUGAUUCGCAUCGGCAGCGCCAAGAAAGAAGGGAGCAUGGAUGGCAAGAAUUUUGUGGGAUGGCAGGAGAAUUCACAUCAUAAUGACACAGUUCCCAUGGCCUGGAACCAACUCUUGUGGUUAGAGUUGAAGGCGUCUCAGAAUGGUUUAACAAUGCUGCAGGAGGACCAGAGGCUUGUGGAGGCUCGGGAGAUGAUUUCCAGCAUCCUCCAGGCAAUUCUCAUUUUCAAGUUCAUUGCCUCGCCCUCAAAGAGCAGAGGUCCAACAAAAUGUACCCUGAAACGUUACCCAAGAACUCGCAUGCUGUCAUCCACCACUGGCCUGGAGAACACGAAUCAAGGUGACACGGGAUCAGACUCGGACCGAAGUGUCCAGAGCCAAGAUGAGCCGCUCAAGACCUGUAAUGCCUGCAGCACACCUUUCAUUAAUCGCCGUGGUAGUGUGGACAGUAUCGGCAUGUGCAUGCCACUCAGUGCCGCAUUAACAAAUUACAUCCAGAGCACACGGCAGGCCUGGAAGCAGGUCACAAGUAUCAUGGAGCAGUUGGAAGAAGCCCGACAAUUAUACCCAACACUAAGGGCGCUUCAGAACGAUUACCCACUCUACAGAAUGGUGGGAUUCAGUAAGCGCAUUGAGACACUUUGCUUGUGGUUGAACAUCACCAGCGAUCUCAACCACAAGCUAGAGCAGGCUGCCUUAAUGCUGGGAGUCAUUGACAUCGAAGGUGUUUUUUGGCCCUUUAUACUCGAAGAAGAGCCAGAUGAGGAACAAGUCACUCUAAAUGAAAUACAUACCACCCAGAAGGCGGAAGCUGGUGUCAUCAAACCACAUGCAAGACGGUUAUUCGACGUCAAGGAAGCUUCCAGCUCUAUUGACUCAACAGACACGGAAGACACCACAAUUGAAAAGGAGGUCGAAUCUCCACCACCACUAGAAAUAAACGACAAAGAUGUACAGGUACCCAAAAAGAGAACUCGAUCAGUGACCUUUGACAUCCAAGACUCGGACAGCAAUGAUGUUGACGAUGAUGCUGACGAUGAACGCGAAGCCUCACCAAGAAUCUACUCUGAACACAGCACGCCAACAGGCAAAUCACCCGUGACGGAUGAAUCACCUCGACUUGGUCGCAUCUUCAGCCAGUGCCAUUUCAGCUUUGACUACAACUCAGCCACGUCCAUGUACCGGCCGUUUGUUGACCGGAGCCUGAAGCACAGCGGCCUGAGACGGAUGACCGACAUGCUGUACAUCCUUCUCGGCAAGACGCUGCAGAGAACCAAACAGGUUCUUCAGAAGCCCACAUUCGUGGAGGGUACCUUUACACCCAGGCGGAAGCACAGACCAAGCAGUGUUGAUUUUGAUUCGGUCUCUGGCCAUCCACUCCCGUUCACCAGCCCCAUAACGGAGGAGGCAGCCCAAAUAGGACAGCAACAGUACGAUAUCCUGUCAACGCACGGAGCCUGGAGCGAGGCCUUCAUAGCCAUGGGGUUACCUUCAUUCACGCCUGCCUAUUUGUUUCUGUUGAGAAUCCCCCUGGAUGUAAUGCAUGAGUGUCUACGUUUCCGAUUGGAACACAAACCAGCAGUGGAUCCCUCAGCUCAUAGCAUUCAGCAGCUCAUUUAUGAGUGCAAGGAGGUUAUUCGUUCGUCAGUACAUAUGAAGCAGUAUUACCAGAGUAUGGCUAGCGCUGUCAUGCCGGACGACACCAAGGCCCAAGAACACGCCGAGAGCGACAUUGAAGAGUAUGAGAACGAUCUUCAAGAAAUGCUCAGGUCCUACUUUGAGUACCUGCACAGUUGGAUCCAGAUGCUGCAGCGGCUACCACAAGCCUCCAUCAGCCUCAAGAACAUCCUGGAUGACGAGUGGGACUUCACUAAGGAGAUCUGCCCACAUGUCAGGGGAGGAGAGGCACAGGCUGGCAAGAGAUUCUGCAUUAUGGCCAAGAACGUACUUUUAUCCAUUGGGGAUUAUCUGGACGAUGGAGUGACUGACGUGAGCUCUAGCCAUCAGGAUAGCCAAUCACAUGGAGAUACAAUGAAGCGAAUAAUCAUCAACUCCUGCAAGCGCUUCAAGUUGAUGUUUCACGAAGUUCGGGAGAGAGCGUCUAAGGCUCUGGGGUUUGCCAAGAUGCUGAGAAAGGAUUUGGAAAUUGCCGCCGAGUUCCAAAGGACAGUCCCCACAAAGGAUCUGCUACGAGUUCUCAAAACUUCAGACCAUAUCAAGGUUAAAAUGGGAGCAGACAUCCCCGGCCAUCUGAUGUUCGUCCCCAAGCAUCUCAAGGAUGACAUCCUGCAGAUCUUACAGCUCCUGGAUGACCUGUGCGGCCGUGAGGACAUGCCUCUCAUCCCUAACGAUCCUUCCUCCAUGGACAGCGUCGGGUACUUGCUCCUCGUCCGAUGCAGUGAUGGAGGGGAGGAUGGUGGUCUACCGGAAUGGAAAGAGCCGUGUGUCCAUGUCACACCGGACGUGGAAACCACGAUAGCUUUAUCUGACAUACAGGUGAAGAGCUUACUUCUUGUCGUCAACCAUUCCUCCCAACUUCACGGCCAGCGGAAGGCAUUUGAGCGAGCCGUGGGCAAGGCUGUGACACUGACAAGUGAUCAGACGUCAAGUCAUAACACCAUCGCAGAGGCACUGGAUGAAUUAAAGCAAGAUGCCCUUGGCCUGUGCCACACCAUUGUGCACAACAUCAAGCAGGUGGAUCAGAACCUAGACAUUGAUUCUGUCUUAGACAUUGAGGAGACCGAGAAGAUUAACAUGCUGUCUUACUUCAAGGACACCAUGCACCAGUGUUUCUCUGUCAGCUUUGAUUACCACAAGGAAGUGACACGCCUACUGUCAGGAGAGGCCAGACAGAAACUUGCCGAGUCGGUGCAGAACUUAGCCCAGAUGUGGAUGAGCUUUGUGCUGGAAAAAUGUGAGAGAGGACGGGGCACUAGACCAAGAUGGGCCAACCACGGUAUGGAUUUUCUGGUAGUGGCCAGCGAACCUCGAAAUGUUGCCCAGCUUUCCAAUGAGGAUUUUGUUGAAAUGACCCAGAUGAUGAACAAGUGCAUCACGCACAUCAUUGGCACUGAAGACAAGUCGUGCUCUGGAAGUCCAGCCUUAACUGUGACAAGUCCUACAGACGGCAGUACAUUGAAACUAACCCGAGCAUGGUCCAAGUCUUCUAGAUCCACCUCAGACUCCACCCCUUCCCCUCACAUGCCGUCCCCGAUACACUUCAGUGAGCUCCAACGAACCAAUAGCAUCGAGAGGUUCCAGUCACUCAUGCCUGUGGACCAAAGCAGCCCCACUGAAGAUACGUCUGAGCCCUCGUACCCCAAGCGCCCCACCACCAGCCCCUUAUCCCCACCCCAAUCCUCCCUGACCCGCAUGUUCCGCAGCAUCUCCAAGGACAGCGCCGAGUCCUUGUCCAAGAUGGAUCGGUGGCAGCGCAUCCGCAGCAAGCUGCAGCAGCUCGACGAGCAGCGCAACAAGAAGCUGCAAGACCUGCAGAUGAUUGGCAUGGUCAGCGACCGGCACAGCCACAACGAGGUGGUCAAUAUCAACUGCAAGAAGGUCACCUUCAGAUGGCAGCGAGGCCGCAAGAUCGGUGAAGGUCAGUGCGGUACAACCGUGUACUCAUGUAUCAACAUGGACAGCGGAGAGACGCUAGCUAUGAAAGAGCUUCGAUUUCAGCGGAACGAUCACAGCGUUAUCAAGGACAUCGCUGACGAAAUCAAGAACUUUGAAGGAAUCCGUCACCCUAGCCUCGUCCGCUACUAUGGAGUAGAAAUACACAGGGAGGAGCUGUUGAUCUUCAUGGAGUAUUGUGAUGAAGGCACGAUAGCUGAGGUAUCCAAGGCAGGCUUACCUGAGCAGAUGGUCAGACGCUAUGCUCAGGAGAUCACCGUCGCAAUCAGCUUUCUCCAUGAACAUGGCAUUGUGCAUAGAGAUAUCAAAGGUGCUAACGUGUUCCUGUCAUCCGAUGGGCACGUCAAGUUGGGAGAUUUUGGUUGUGCAAUCAAGCUGCAGAAUGCCAAGACAAUACUGGGGGAGCUGACUACGUUCACAGGAACAGCAGCUUACAUGGCCCCAGAGGUCAUCACACAGACAGGUCAAGGCAAGAAAGGUUACGGUCGGGCAGCUGACAUCUGGAGUUUGGGAUGUGUGGUCAUUGAGAUGACAACAGGAAAGCGUCCCUGGCAUGAGUUUGACCACGAGUUCCCUAUCCUCUUCAAAGUGGGCGAGGGCGCUAUUCCCACUAUCGCGGACAACCUCAGCUCAGAGUGCAAGGACUUUUUGUCCAAGUGUCUAGUCCACAGUCCACUGGAGAGAUGGACGGCCAAUCAGCUGCUUGAUCAUCCAUUCCUUAAGGUAACACCAGGCAUUGAUUUCCAGUCGAUGCUACAAACCAACAGUCGUCCGAGCUAAUGGUGUGGUCACAGUGCUAGGGUUCAUGUCAAAAGGAGAUAUCCUUUCAUUUUGUAAUGCUUUUUAUAGCUCCAAGAGUAUUGUAUACUGUAACUGGUAUGAACCCUCUCAAAUAAUGUAAGUAUAUUGGCUUGUGUGGGUAAUGUGCAAAAUUUGAUGUGUUUUGUUUUUAAUAAGUGGCCUUAAAAAUAAAAAAAUAAAUAACAAGUUUUCCAUUUUUAUAGAAAGUUGUUAAAGGGACAUUACAUCCUGAAAUGUGCCCAAUUGGGCUACAAAACGCAUUUUAAACAAAAUUAUGUUAAUUGGAAAGAAAAUUUAAAAGUAGGAUAUAAACGGUUACACAACCAUCCUUUAAAAAUUGGGCGUUUUGUGUUAAUCUUGGGAGAACCAUGCGAGAAGGAAUUUUGAGGAUCAAAAUUUUGACUCUCAAAAAGUCGAACCGUUGGGUGCUAGUUGUGAAUCCUGCUGCACAGUGCAUCGCAUUCU